CAUAAAGAGCACAGGAGUGAAACACAAUCUCCUCCUCCUUUCCUGUGCUGCUUCACGGACAGCCUUGCUCACAACUGGGAGGAGGAUAGCCUCACCAGCAGCCUGAGCAGGAGCGAGGAGAAGGGAAGUUUUGUGUUCUUCACAUGGCAGGCAAAGCCUCUUUGCAUAAACUCUGCUAACAGAAUCUGGCUUGGAAGACUUGAAAUGUGAGGAUUUUUUUAGAGAAGUGAAAUCCUUCAGGUUAUUAACAUCCUGCAGCAAGUCAUCACUUCAGCCUAAAGUUUUGUGGAAGAAAUAGACUCAACAUGAAAACGGAAUGUAAUUAAGUUUUACAUUCAGGACCCUGAUGAGUGAUACCCAGGGAGAAGCAGAAGAUGGUGAAUUUCACAGAGAAUGUAACUGAGAAGUGCAGUAUUAAUCAUGAUAUCCACGAGACAUUAUCCCCUGUGGUGUACAUAUUUGUGUUUAUAUUAGGCUUGCCAGCUAACUGCCUGUCACUGUACUAUGGUUAUUUACAGAUCAAAGCUAAAAAUGAAUUAGGUAUCUAUCUUUGCAAUUUGACUAUAGCAGACCUGCUGUACAUAUUUUCUUUGCCUUUUUGGCUUCAGUAUGCUUUACAGCAUGACAACUGGACCUACGAUGAGCUGCUGUGCAAAGUUUGUGGCAUCAUCCUGUAUGAGAAUAUCUACAUCAGCGUGGGCUUCCUGUGCUGUAUCUCCAUCGAUCGCUAUCUGGCCGUGGUGCACCCCUUCCGCUUCCAGCGCUUUCGCACCAUGAAGGCUGCUGCCAUCGUCAGCAUCAUCAUCUGGGCCAAGGAAAUUAUGACAUGCUACUUUGUCUUCACUCAUGGGGAGAUCAGUAUGGAUGCUGAGAGCCACUUGGUGUGCUUUGAGCAUUACCCCAUCAAGAAAUGGGAGCACAAUGUCAAUUACUACCGUUUCUCUGCUGGCUUCCUUUUCCCCCUCUUUCUGCUGGCCUUCUCCUACUGUGGGAUUUUACGAGUUGUCCACAAGAGUCCCGGCACACAAAAGAAGAAGAAAAUCCAAAUUAAAAGACUGGUUUCAAGCACUGUUUUCAUAUUUUUAGUCUGCUUUGGACCAUACCACAUCCUACUUGUAGUUCGUAGCUUGUUGGAGAACAACUGCUCAUUUGCUGAGAAAAUAUUUAAUGUUUACCAUAUUUCUCUCCUGUUAACUACAUUUAACUGUGUUGCUGACCCAGUAUUGUACUGUUUUUCCAGUGAAAGCACUUACCAGAACUUUGUCAAGAUGAGAGACUCUUGUCUAACAUGUUUAGGCCAUCUGAAUACUGAGACAAAGGAAUCCUAUCCAUUGAACACUACUGAAACUCCCAACAGAACACAGCAUGAACAACAACCAGGGUUAUUAAAAUUGCCACCUGAUGGUGCUGGAAUGAAGGACUGCUUCACAACUAAUGUAGACAGCCUCUAGCAUUAAUCAAAAGAACCUUAAUCCUACAUCUGAACCUAUGGCCGUGUUUGUAUGUCUGUCUGAAUUAUUCAUGUAUUACAACAGUGUGACCUCCCAAAGGCUUAUGAGCAAUGCUACACAGUGAAGCUGUUUCAGGGGGUGCUUGGACCCUGGCAAUAGCGAGGAAAGUUUGUGCUAAGUCAGUUCAAUUAUAAUCAUGUAUCUGUUGUUGUGUUACCACUUAAAACCUUGUUUUCCUUGAUGACUGCAUUGCCUGGAAUAAGCCAGUACUCAUGGUGUGUAGUUCUGGUGAACUCAUCUUUAGCGGUUUUCUGUUUGCUACUAUAGCAUCUAGAGAAAAUAAUUCUCUACAAGCUAUCAUCAUCUGUUGAAAAGGUCAGAGACAGAAAAAAUUAAAUGUCCCCAUAUAUACUUUUAAAGAGAAAAAGCCUAACAAAACACUUCUGCAAGCUCUCUGUAACUCUUUGAAAUAACUUCUCCUUCUGCCAGUUUCAAAGCCUGCAGAGACCAUGCCAGAAUGAGAUUCCUAAAAGAAUCAGUUGGAUGGUGUGAGACAUUAUAGGAGCACAAGGAACUCAGCACCUGCUGAGACCUUCAGGCUGUUUUUUUGAUUGUUGAAUCCCAGACUGUUAAACCUCAUCAUAAGGCUUCUAGAGACUUCUGGAAGUGUGAGACUCUGGCCUCCAGUGGGUGUCAAUAACUUGGUUUGCUGACUCAGAAGAGAACAAGAGGUUGGUAGUGAGGCACUUUGAUCCCAUAUGCUUCUCUGAGUCACUGUGUUCAAAAAUAUUUAUUUACCUUUAAAUUCUACUACACUUUGCUAAGGUUUUGGUUGUGUCCCUUGCAAUUUGUGUAUCUUGUACAGUACAGACCAUGCAGGCAAUUAAAUAACAAUGCAUUUGUCAGGGAAACUGUUGAAUGAAUUCUGUUUAAACUCUGUUUUUGCCCAUAGAUAAUAUAGUUUAGGAUUUGGUAAUUGUUCAGUAAAUACACUAUCAGAAAUAUGAUGUAUGAACGACCUGUGUCCUGGUUUAGACAGAAACAAAAUACUUGGCUUUUAAAGACGUGGGAGUUGUGCUUCACAGUAUUGUUUCUACCACCACCUACUCUCUAGGGUUUUUUUUGGGUUUUUUGUUACACUAAUGAACCCUGUGUGAUUGCUCAUUGAGAUCUGCUCAUUACAUCUUCUUGUACUUGUAGCUGUUACACCAUGAAUGUUGCCUUGUCUUUUCAAUUCUCUGGUUUCAGAUCUUCCUUGAAACACCUCUCUCUCUGCAACCUGGAGCUGAUAACUUCUAGCAGUAUAAUCAGUUUUGUUUCCUUGGUUUGCUUUUGAGUCAAAAGAUUGUCUAGACAGAUGGUAUACUCCUGCUAUCUGAAUAUGUCAUUGUAACACAGCCUUGCUUGUCAUCAGAUUCAAAAAGGAAUAUAUUCCAAUAGUUUUCUGGAAACCACCUGGAGAGUGCAAUAUUUGAUAUAAUUAGUGGAUGUGUAUAAUAAAGAAUGUUUUUAUAGUUUUCUUUUUAUAUUUUUUCACACUAUGUUUGAAAUAACUAUUUUUUAGCUUUGGCCCACAAUAUCUAUUUGUGAGUAUGGAUCCUCUCCUUCCUCCUCUUACAGAAAGGUUUCAUGUCCCCAGUCCCAAGAGGGGAUUAGUUUUGCUUAGGUUAACAUUUGGUUUGUUUAAUUAUUUUACAUUUGUUUAUACUUCUACCACUCAGCUGGAUUAAUUACCUUACAUCUGCAUAUUUUUCUCCUGACUAUUAGCACUGUUUAGCUUUAUUUUCUCCUAAUAUUUAAUCUCAUCUGCUCUGUGUUCCAAGGGGGUCAUUAGGCAGGGACUCCCUCCCAACUGCUGUAGUGCUGAGCUUGUACAUUGCUAAGCACCAACUUCUUGGACCCCCAUGACCAGUCAGGCUGCAAGAGACACGUGGCUUGUUCUAGGAUUAAAUAUUUGUUGUCAUGUUUAUGCAUUGCUUUUUUACAGCUCCCCAUGCUGUUUAAAUUAGACAACUGGAAUGCAGAGCAUGCUGUACUACAUGGAUUUGUCAUCUGAGGGAUUAAGGCUCGUUUGAGUUGAUACUUUGAUGUGGUCAGCUUUGGUCAGCUGCUGCAGUUUAAAAUCAGAUGGAAACUUGUGUAACACAGCACAGCAUUCUGCACAGUUCUCAGCACUUAACCUGCUAACCCGCAACAGAAAGGAGGGAUUUUUUUCUUCUUUCCCACUUUUUUUUCCUUGAGACCAUUAUUUUAUCAAUUCUUUCUGUACUGUAAGUGUUUGGCUUAGGCUGCAGAACUGUAACCAAUAUAGUAGGAAGGUAACUCCCACUCAGAACUUCUCCUUCCAUCUCAGUCAAAACACUGAAAUCACUCAAGGGUCCUGUAAGGUUGCUAGAGUCAUGCUACACAUGCUAUUGAAAUAAAUGCCAUGCUUUGGACUGCACAAAAAAAAAAGCAAUUUAAAAGCACACACUAGAGAAAAAGAGAAACAAGUUAUUAAAUUUUGUAUUUCUUAAUGAAAAUGAACUGUUAAGACUUGUAUUUUGGGGAAAAAAAGAACAAAAGUUUGCUAAAUUAAUUUUUUUUGACAAAAGUUAGUGCUUGGAAACAUACAUUGCACCUGUCAGUGUAAUAUGUCUGUAGCACAGAGAGAAUAAAAUCAGCUGCAUCUUUUAAGAUGAUGCCAAUUUCUGUGAGUUCUGUGCAGCAGUGAACAUACACCAUCCUUCAGGGUUGCUGGCUUUGGCAAAAAGUUCAAGCAUUCAUAUGAAAUAUUUUACCUAAUACUUUGAGUUUAUAGACUUCUAAAGGAGAUAUUUUCUAAUUGUGAAACUUCCAAGAUACUUUUCUAGAACAUCCUUUGCAAAGGUUUUAGAUAAAAUGAAUUUAAAAAAAAAGACUGAUCUAGGAAAUAAACACUGGGAUCUUUGGUGAACCUGAAUGUCUAGUAGAAGGCUGUCAUUAACAUUUUUUUCUGUGUUGUGUUUAACUAUUUUAUGUCUUUAAAGGCUCUGUAUCCUCAGGGUCUUCAGGAGAUUAAUGUUCAAAAUAUGCUGGUGUUUAUGGUAUGAAAUUAUUUUUCUCAUUCGGAAAAAGUUGUCUUGAAUCGAAGAAGGAAAAUAAAACUGCCAGGAAGGAAAAGAAAUAUAAAGUGUUGCUCACUGCUGGAAGUCCAGCUGAAGACAACUUCCAUUUAUGACAGGUAGAGCACCAGUGCUCUAGAGGUGGUGCCACAUGUACCCUUCCCCUCUCUGCUUCGACAGCCAGCAAAACUUCAGUCCUGACACUCACCUGGAGUUAAGGUAAAAUCACAGCUUUAAAUGACAACAGCUGGGCACAGCUCACAACCAUUUGCUGUG